CCUUCCAAUUAAUUACACGUGGACGUUCAUGAUCACAAUUUUCCCUCCAUUUGCAAUGAUGUCGGUUAAUCAUCUCUCACAAUACAUUUCUCUUCAAAUAAAUUUCCAUUUCAUAAACGAAACAGACCAUAGAGAACACUCAAAAAGCUGAAGUUUCUGUUGCUAUAUAUUGAUAUACAUAAUAACAUAUGGUGUCUGUAUAUCCAACACCACCGGGUCAAGAUUUUCACUACAUGGGGGAUCCGAUGAAAACGGGUCUUAUGGGUUUGCAUCCGGUGCAGUCGGGUACUAGUAUACAUGGGAAUUUGAAUUUGGAUUCGAAUACAGGUUUGGUGGUGUCUGAUGAUCACAGCAAGAAGACACGGAAGCCUUAUACGAUUACUAAGUCUAGGGAGAGUUGGACUGAGCAGGAGCAUGACAAGUUUCUUGAAGCUCUUCAAUUGUUCGACCGUGAUUGGAAAAAGAUUGAAGCAUUUGUUGGGUCGAAGACUGUUAUCCAGAUACGUAGCCAUGCACAGAAAUACUUUCUGAAGGUCCAGAAGAGUGGAACUAGUGAACAUGUACCUCCCCCACGCCCAAAGAGAAAAGCUUCUCAUCCUUAUCCACAAAAAGCUCCUAAAAAGGUUAUUUCCCAAGUCGGCAGCAUCCAAUUUCAACCUCCUGGUGCCCUGCCUGUACCCGGAUUUGGUAUCGGGCCCGAUCCUUUAUCAGUACCUGGAAAUACAAUUAAUUUUUCUCCCUGGACUUACGACAAUGUGCCUGCCAUUAGCACGAUACAGACGAGAAAAGAUGACGCACAAUUAUCCAGUGGAGGAGUCAAGCAAAAUUGCAGCAGCAGCAGUAAUGAAAACAACCCUAGGAUUAAUAAGACUAAAGAGAGCAAUGACCAAAAUGAGAGCCAGAAGCAAAUGAAAGUUAUGCCAGACUUUGCUCAAGUUUACAGCUUCAUUGGCAGUGUCUUUGAUCCAAGUACGAGGGACCACUUACAGAGAUUAAAAAAGAUGGACCCCAUUGAUAUCCAGACGGCACUGAUGUUGAUGAAGAAUCUAUCCUUCAAUUUAUCGAGUCCUGAAUUUGAGGAUCAUAGGAGGAUGCUUUCAUCAUAUGGCCUGGGUGCUGAAAAAGAUAAAAUGGACCUUCCUAUAAAAUCUGAUUUCAGAGGUAACGCCAUCCGAGCUAUCUAAAGGAGGCUGGAGGAAGGUUCAGAUGAUUCAUGCUCAUUGCAUAUGAUUGGUGGAGACAAUUGUACGAAGAGAAUGGUGUAAUGUAAAGAUGUUUUGCUUGUGCAUCUAGUGUGUUCAUAUGCUUCAAACAAGCAUGUUGCCAUCUCCAUCCUGUAUAUAUCUCGUUGGGGGAACAAUGCGGGAGUAUGCUUUAAGAGGUUGUAUCUUGUAUGUACUUGUGGAGAGUAGAUAUGUAGGCUUGAUCAGCUGUAUUAUAGAUUAUGUAGUGCUUGUGUUGUAUGUUGUAGAGGGCUGUGCCCCUCAUUGGUUCUGUCCUAAGAAACGCCCAAUGAAUCAGACACUUUGUAGCAGUAGUGUGUUUGACAUGUGGAGAAGAAACGAAAAUGACCUCUUGUGUUUUGAUGUAAA